CAAAGUCUACUCGCUCCAGAGCUCGCAAAGCAGAGCUGUUGAAAAUUUCAUUCUCUAUCUGCCCUAGUAUCGCAAACGGCGAAGAACAUGCAGCCGAAUUUGCGUAAAAGAUCAUCCGUCUAUCAAGAAGUCGAUCAUUCUUUCACGGUUAUGCUGCUUGGAGAUAGCUGUACUGGAAAAACUUGUUUGUUGGUUCGAUAUAAAGAUGGUGCAUUUCUCAAUAACAAUUUCAUUUCUACGGUCGGCAUUGAUUACAGGAAUAAAGUCAUUGAUCUAGACAACAAGAAGGUAAAACUACAGAUUUGGGACACAGCUGGCCAAGAACGAUUUCGAUCUGUCACAUCCGCAUACUACAGAGACGCAGAUGCCUUGUUAUUAGUGUUCGACGUGUCAAAUCGAACAAGCUUCGAAAAUGUUCGGAGUUGGCUGGCCCAGAUUCGGGAAUACGGCAAAGAAAGUGUACAAAUCACAUUGGUUGGAAACAAAUGCGAUCUCGGAUCAGCGCGGACAGUCCGGUCCGACGAGGCACGGCAUCUUGCUGCUUCCUACAACAUCCCUUACAUCGAAACAAGCGCAAAAACUGGUCAUAAUGUUAGUCAAGCCUUCACAGACAUCUCACGACGACUCAUCGAGAGCUCAACAGGAGAAAAAUGCAACGAAGUGGUGGAUCUAGCAACGACAGACAACAGAUGGCAUUGUUGUUAUGGUGCAUACUGA